UUGUGCCUACUUCUGCAUGAGCAAAAAUCCCUGCCUGUGUUGCGUGCACGCCCUGGGACUGCCAGUGAUGGGAAGCAUGUGCUGACCUUGGGCAACACUAUUUCUCAACUGCCUUAGCAAGCAAGCCACUGUAUGCCUGCAGCAUGGCUAGUAUGGUUGACCCUACUCUAGCAGAGAUGGGAAAGAAUCUGAAUGAAGCAAUGAAGAUGCUAGAAGACAAUCAAAGAAAAGAGGAAGAAAAUGAAAAGAGGUAUACACGGAAGGAUAUUCCUGGACCACUCCAAGGCAGUGGCCAGGAUAUGGUGAGCAUACUUCAGUUAGUUCAGAACCUAAUGCAUGGAGAGGAGGAGGAGGAGUCUUCACAGGCCUACAGACUACAAAAUGUUGGAGAACAGGGUCACAUGGCUCUACUGGGACAUAGCUUGGCUGCUUAUAUAUCAGUACUGGACAGGGAAAGACUGAGAAAACUUACAACAAGGAUCCUUUCUGACACUACUCUCUGGCUCUGCAGGCUCUUCAGGUAUGAAAAUGGGUCAGCUUAUUAUCAUGAAGAUGAUCGUGAAGGUCUCUUAAAAAUCUGUCGACUUGUUAUUCACACGCGCUAUGAAGAUUAUACAGUAGAAGGAUUUAAUGUGCUAUAUACUAAGCAGCCUGUUAUAUACAUUAGUUCUGCAGCUAGAAUGGGAUUGGGCCAAGCUCUCUGCAAUCAGCUAGGGUUACCCCUUUCUUGCAUGUGCCGUGUGCCUUGUAACACUAUGUUUGGAUCUCAACAUCAAAUGGAUGUUGCUUUAUUGGACAGAUUGAUUAAAGAUGAUGCUGAAUCCGGAAAACUGCCUUUGUUGCUUGUGGCCAAUGCUGGGACCCCAGGAGCAGGGCACACAGAUAAGCUUGGGCGACUGAAGGAACUUUGUGAGCAGUACAAUAUGUGGCUCCAUGUAGAAGGCGUGAAUUUGGCAACUUUGGCUUUGGGUUAUGUCUCCUCUUCUGUACUGGCUGCUACAAAAUGUGACAGCAUGACUCUUACUCUGGGCUCCUGGCUGGGUCUCCCAGCUGUACCUGCUGUGACACUCUACAGGCAUGAGGAUCCUUCUUUGUCCUUAGCAGCUGGGCUGACGUCAAGUCAGCCUGUAGAGAAGCUUCGUGCCCUGCCACUGUGGCUCUCCUUGCAGUACCUAGGCCACGAUGGGAUUGUGGAGAGGAUAAAGCAUGCCUCACAACUGAGCCAAAGGUUGCUGGAAAACUUGAAAAACCUGGAUUUCAUUAAAACUUCGGUUGAAGAUGAACUGAGCUCUCCAGUGGUUGUAUUCAAGUUCUUCCAGGAACAUUCGAACAGAGAUCAAACCUCACAUGCUACACAGGCUUCAACUAUUCAGCACCCCAUAAUAAGCAAUGAAAGACACGUUUAUGACACUUUGAAUCAGUGGCUAGGAGAGCAGCUGGCACAGCUGGUUCCUGCCAGCGGAGUCGAUGUGGUAGAACUGGAAGACGAAGGCACGUGUGUGCGUUUCAGCCCGUUAAUGACUUCUGCAGUUUUAGGAACUGAAAUACAAGAUGUUGAUCAGUUAGUAGACUGCUUAAAAAUGAAGAUACCGGUAUUGACAAGUACACUGCAACUGAGAGAGGAAUUUGAGCAAGAAGUGAAAAGAACAGUAGGUCUGUUGUAUAUUGAAGAUCUCAGCUGGCCAGGAUUAGGUGUUGUAAGAUACAGCUAUCACAGUGAUGGGAAGAACGAUGACAAACAAGAAAAAGAAUUAGAAAAAAUUAACACAGAACUACUGAAAAAACUGAAUGAACUGGAGUCGGAUCUGUCUUUUUCUUUGGGCCCGGAAUUUGGAGGGGAGAAAAACUGUGUUUAUAUCGGCAUGGUAACUGAGGAUUUGGACGUGUCUGAGUUAGUUGAAACUAUUGCAGCAACGGGCAGAGAAAUUGAAGAAAAUUCACGACUAUUGGAAAACAUGACUGAAGUUGUUAGAAAAGGGAUACAGGAAGCGCAACUUCAGCUUCAGAAAGCAAAUGAAGAACGACUUCUGGAAGAGGGCCUGUUACGACAAAUUCCUGUAGUAGGCUCUGUGCUGAACUGGUUUUCUCCUUUCCAAGCCUCACCAAAGGGAAGAACGUUUAAUUUAACAGCAGGCUCUCUAGAAUCCACAGAGUCUACAUACGUAUCCAAAGCCCAAGGGACAGGCGCUACUCCACCGCCAACUCCUACGUCUAGCCGUGCAAAGCAAAGACUUCCGGGUCAAAAAAUUUUUAAAAGAUCUUUAAGAAGUUCUGAUGCAUUUAGUGAGACUAGUUCAGUCAGCCACUGUGAUGACCUGGAGAAGAUGGAUCAGAGACCCCCUACUCUCUCUCCUGGCCAAGAACAAGGGCCUUUGGAGACAGAAAGAACAGAGCAGCAGAAGGAGGUGGCAGAGGCAACAAACAAAGAAACUGACACCAUUCAAAGUGACAAAUCACUAAAUGACUGCACUAAGGUAGAGGAACAAGAAAGUCAAAGAUAAAAUCCACACUCUGGCUUUAAGACUUUGUAAAGAAACGACAUGCCCUGGGGGGAGGCAGGGUAUUAAUGAUGCAUUUAAAAUGUGAACAGGGCCACACGCUAGUACAGUAACAACUACUGUAACUUGUUAACUGGGAUUUUGCACAAAUAUAAAAUUUUCCCCCAACAGGGCAGAGAUUUGUCUUACUAUACACUUGUUACAGUUGCUUUAAUCCUAUAUAUGUCAGUAUCACCAAAGUAGUAGUGAGAUUUAUUAACUGCGUGUAAACAUUUGUCAAAAAAAAGUGGCAGUCAUAACGCCUGUAUGAUUCUAAGCAUAAUAGUUGCUAAGAAAUUGAUCAGCCAUACAUAAGGUUAAGCAUACAGUUGCACCAAAUAAUUGUAAAGUGAUCUUAUUUUAUGUGAAUAUAUUUAAAAAAAAAGCUGCCAAUUAUUCACCUUUUUUAUAUUUAAAAUUCAGUUUGACCUCUACUGCAAAAAUCAACUUAGUCAUACUAGCUCUAUUUUGCAUCUUUUUUUUCCCCCCUUAUAAAGAAUAUCGCCAAACAGUUGUGGUGCACUGAGUAUUAAGGAUGGCUAUCUGUGUAUGAGUCACUGACUAGUACUUUUCCAUCAACUUUUUUUUUUUUUCCCCCUCCUUUCUGUUGUAUGAAUUGACCCAUUCAGCUAGGGUCCUAGAUACAGUGGGGAACUAAGUUACUGAGUUGUAAGCCUUUUAGAAAGAAAUAGUGCCUCUGCAUGCCUAAAUGGCUUCUUGCUUCUACCAUUGAAAGGAAUCAUCAGUACACCAUUAUUUUUCCUUUGCACGCCAUUUAUAAACCAAAUCGUAUUGAACACAGUUAUAUAGUGUAACUGGAACUUUUUUUUCUGUUGUGUAUUUUUAAAGAUACUUGUUAGUAAAGCUUGGGGAAAAAAAACAAUA